AUGGCCAAAGGCCCCGCGAGCGCGGCUACCAAGCCCUCGGCCAAAGACGCGGAUCCGCAGCCCAGCGGCGCGGAGGAUGCGGGCAAGGAGGCGCCCACCACGCUCGAUCGCCUGCGGGGCGUGGUGGCCAUGAUCGCCGACGGCGUCAAGCAGAAGGACACACGCCUCGUGAUGGGCCGCGUGCUCAGGGAGACGGCCAGCAGGAGAUCGGAGCUGACGGUCGAGAUCCUGACAUCUUUUGUUGAGGAGACGCUGCCGGCUGGAACGGACGCCAGGGCGGUGAUGCUGGACAAGCUGGCGCAGGUCCAAGAAUCGAUGCAAGUUGAUUCCGAGGAGCAAGGAGGCGCGGCAAGUGCCACCCAUGCCACUGGCGUUUUGCCUGAGGUUGAGAUGUACUGCUACCUGGUGGUGCUGAUGUUCCUGGUCAGUGGUGGACAUUUCAGGCUGGCCAAACAGCUUGCAGAUGUUGCAGUGGCAGCUCUUGGCCUGUACAAUCGGCGGACGCUCGACUUCAUAGCUGCAAAGGUGUACUUCUACUAUUCCUGGAGUUAUGAAUGCUUGGAUCGGCUGGCAUCGAUCAGAAGCACACUCCUGCAGAGGCUGCAGACUGCUGUCCUCCAGCAUGACGAGAUCGGCCAAGAAACUAUCCUGAACCUCCUCCUUCGCAACUACCUCCACUACAGCCUUUACGAUCAGGCUGAAAAGCUCCGGUCGAAAAGCCCAGAGCCCACACGGUCAAACAAUCAGAUCUGCCGUUACUUGUACUACUGGGGCCGGAUAAGGGCAGUGCAGCUGGAGUACACAGAUGCACGGGACAGCCUGCAGCAGGCAAUGAGGAAGGCUCCCAUUGUGGCACAUGGCUUCCGAAUAACUGUGAGCAAGUGGCUGGUCCUUGUGAGCCUGCUCUUGGGCGAGAUACCAGAAAUGCUUGAGUUCACCCAGCAGGGAAUGAAGAAGGCAUUGCACCCGUACUUUCAGCUGGCUGGGAGUGUACGGAGUGGCGAUCUCUCAAUGUUCCGGUCUGUGGCACAACAGUAUGGUGAACAGUUUCAGUUGGACAAGACGCACAACCUCAUUGUCAGGUUGCACCAUAAUGUGCUGCGCAUUGGAUUGAGAAGAAUCAACCUGGCCUAUUCGAGGAUAUCGCUGAAGGAUGUUGCUGAGAAGCUUGGUUUAAGCACCGAUGAAGACCUUGAGAGGAUCGUUGCAAAAGCCAUAAGGGAUGGCGGAGUGGAUGCCAUUAUCGAUCACGAGAGCCAGUGUCUGAAGUCUGUGGAGGUUGCGGAUGUCUAUUCAACAUCAGAGCCCCAGAAGGCGUUCCACGCUCGCGUGGCUUUCUGCCUCGAUGUGCACAAUGAGGCAGUCAAGGCCAUGCGCUUUGAGCCGGAUGCACACAAGAAGCUCGUGGAGGAUGCGGAAGCGCGCAAGGAGCGCCUUGCUCAAGAGCAGGAACUGGCCAAGGCAAUGCAGGAGGAAGAAGACGACGACGCUUUUUGA